AUGAGUCGGCAACUGAACUUCAGGUCUGGUGGUGACAAGGGCAACUUCAGUGUGUUUUCUGCAGUGGUGCCAAGGAGACCCCUGGGUAGCAUGGCUUCUUGCCAGGCAACUGGUUACAGGGUUGGGGCCGGCUUCAGUAGCAGGAGCCUUUACAGUCUUGGAGGGAAUCGACAUAUUUCCUUUGAUGUGGCAGGUGGCAGUGCUAGGGCCACAGAGCUCAGGUUUGGGCAUGGCUCUGGAUAUGGAGGGACUCGAACCAGUGGCUUUGCCAGCAGCAUGUUUGGCAGUGUGGACACAGGGCCCACUUGUCCAUUUAUGUGUCUACCUGGGGGCAUCCACCAUGUUAUUGUCAACAAGAGCCUGCUGGCCCCACUUAAUGUGGAGCUGGACCCUGAGAUCCAGAAGGUGCGUGCACAGGAGCGGGAGCAGAUCAAGGCUCUGAAUGACAAAUUCGCUUCCUUCAUCGACAAGGUACGCUUCUUAGAGCAGCAGAACCAGGUGCUGAACACCAAGUGGGAGCUGCUGCAGCAGCUGAACCUGAACAGCUGCAAAGGGAGCCUGGAGCCUGUAUACGAGGCCCACAUCAGCAGCCUUCGAAAGAAGCUAGAGAUGUUGUCUGGGGACAGGGUGAGGCUGGACUCAGAGCUGAGGAACAUGAGGGACAUGGUGGAGGACUACAAGAAAAGGUAUGAGGUGGAGAUCACCCAACGUACAGCAGCGGAAAACGAGUUUGUGUUGCUUAAGAAGGAUGCAGAUGCAGCCUACAUGGUCAAGGUGGAGCUUCAAGCCAAAGUGGACUCUUUGGAGAAAGACAUCAAGUUUCUCAAGUGUCUGUAUGAUGCGGAGAUUGACCAGCUCCAGACUCAUGUCAGUGACACCUCUGUCAUCCUCUCCAUGGAUAACAACCGGGACUUGGACCUUGACAGUAUCAUUGCUGAGGUCCGUGCCCACUAUGAGGACAUUGCCCUAAAGAGCAAGGCUGAAGCAGAGGCACUGUACCAGACUAAGAUCCAGGAGCUGCAGCUUGCAGCUGGCUGCCAAGGGGACAACCUGAAACACACCAGGAAUGAGAUGUUGGAGCUGAACCGGCUUAUCCAGAGGAUCCGCCGUGAUAUCGCUAACGUGAAGAAGCAGUGUUCCAACCUGGAGACGGCCAUUGCUGAUGCCGAGCAACGAGGGGACUGUGCCCUCAAGGAUGCCCGGGCCAAGCUGGAUGAGCUGGAGGGCGCCCUGCAGCAGGCCAAGGAGGAGCUGGCUCGGAUGAUGCGCGAGUACCAGGAGCUCAUGGGCCUGAAGCUGUCACUGGACAUUGAGAUUGCCACCUACCGAAAGCUGCUAGAGGGCGAGGAGUGCAGGAUGUCUGGUGAGAACCCAUCCUCUGUGAGCAUCUCUGUCAUCAGCAGCAGCUAUGGUUCCUACGGUUAUCACCCAAGCUCCAUGAGCUCUGACUUUGGGGCUGGUAAUGCAACUGGAAGUCCCAGCACCACUCGAAACAGCCAGACCAAGACCAGAGGAGCAAGAGCAACAGAACUUAGGAACUCCCAGAACAAGAGCACUGCUGUUGGUAGCCCGGCCAAGAAGACUACCUGA